GCAUUCUCGAUUCUAGAAAAAGAAACACGAAGGAGAUAAAGAUGGAGGGAAAAUUUCAAAUUUCAGAUACAACCAAUCUGCUUCGAAAGAUCAAAGAUUUUACCCGAUCGAUCGUUGAAGAUCUAGCCGAGGGAAAAUCUCCAGAAAUCUCCAUCAAUCGAUUCAGAAACUAUUGCAAUGAUCCAGAAGCGGAUUGUUUUUGCAGCUCUGAUGAACCGAAAGGUAGGGAGAUUCUCACUCUUAGGAAGACAUCUCAAACGUAUAGAAUCGAUAUGUUGCUAAGAGUACUGUUGAUAGUUCAACAACUUCUUCAAGAAAAUAGACAUGGAUCCAAAAGAGAUAUCUACUACAUGCAUCCAUCAGCAUUCAAAGCACAAUCAGUUGUGGACCGCGCAAUUGCUGAUAUAUGCAUCCUUUUUCAGUGUAGUCGGUACAACUUGAAUGUGGUGUCUGUUGGAAAUGGGUUGGUGAUGGGCUGGUUAAAGUUUAAGGAAGCUGGAAGGAAGUUUGAUUGUUUAAGCAGCCUGAAUACUGCAUUUCCCGUUCCUGUUCUUGUAGAGGAAGUCGAAGAUGUUGUUAGUUUAGCAGAGUACAUACUGGUGGUGGAAAAAGAAACAGUAUUCCAGCGUUUAGCAAAUGACAUGUUUUGCAAGACGAACCGCUGCAUCGUUGUCACAGGAAGAGGCUAUCCUGAUGUCUCUACAAGAAGGUUCUUGCGACUCUUGAUGGAGAAGUUGCAACUACCUGUGCAUUGUCUAGUCGACUGUGAUCCAUAUGGCUUUGAGAUCCUAGCCACAUACCGUUUUGGCUCCAUGCAAAUGGCCUAUGAUAUCGAAUCACUACGAGCACCAGAAAUGAAGUGGUUGGGAGCUUUUCCUUCAGACUCUGAGAUAUACGGUGUCCCCCAACAGUGUCUCUUGCCAUUGACAGAAGAAGACAAGAAAAGAACUGAAGCAAUGUUGCUCAGAUGCUACCUGAAACGUGAAAUGCCACAAUGGAGGUUGGAACUUGAAACGAUGCUGAAAAGAGGAGUGAAGUUUGAGAUCGAAGCACUCUCAGUUCACUCACUGUCUUUCUUGUCAGAGGUUUACAUCCCUUCUAAGAUUCGCAGUGAGUCGCUUCCAGUCACAAACCUAAUUUGAAGCAAGCCGUUCCCUGAAACCCUUAAAACCUUUGGACAUUUCGACCUAACAAAGACAAAACCUUUUCACACACCAAACAAACGAUGUCGUCUCUCUCUCGCCUUCUCCUCC